AUGAACGAAGAAACAACCCAUGAUGAUACUCAAUAUUCCGAUAUCCAUAGAAUAUUGCUCACUCACUUCAGGGCCAUCCAUUGCAUUAGUCAAAAGCAAGCUUAUCAAGACUUGCAAUUAAUCGUUCAGGCAUUAUCUCAAGAAGAAGAUGAUGCAGAGGUUUCUGUCUCAUCGCUGCUUGAAUCAUAUAUAUCAGACAUAAAUAAGCGAAUAUCGGACCAUGGGUUUAAAAUUGAUAAAAGGAAUCAUGAACUUACGGGAGAAUUGUACUACAUCUUUAUUAAUCAGCAAGUCGAUGAAGUGAUCAAAUCGAAUUCUAAUUAUUCUCCACCUGAAUUAGACGCCAUCAGAGGUUUGAUUGAUAGCAUUAUUCAAAGUUAUGACUACCAGAAUUCCAUAAGUAAGACAAAUGCACAACAAGCAAUAGCAAGCUCACUUAGUAGAUCACUUCGUGAUGCUCAAUAUUUAAUCAUGAGGUUGAUUGACGAUGGUUGGUUUGCUCUUACACUCAACGACCAUUUAAUAUUGUCACUUCAAUCUACCAGUGAACUUAAACCUUAUUUAAUUAGUCGCUUUGGGAUCAGCGAUGAAGUGAAUUAUGGGAAACUACUUUUGUGUAGACAGUGUAAUGAUCUAGUUACUAUUGGAUACAAAUGCAAAAGUGAUGAGUGUCCUAUAAGUUUUCAUUAUAAGUGCUACAAUAUCUUUGUCCGAAAUAACCCCGGUAACACCAGCUGUAUCAGUGGAAGAUGUACUACAACUUGGACCAUUGAUGGACUAAUCAGAGUGGGUGUCGAGCCUCAAUUUUUAGAAAGUACUAUAAGCUAA